AUCUCACCACGGUCUACUCUGGAUCAAGGGCAAGCCAGGCGCGGGCAAGUCCACGCUCUUAAAGCAUGCCUUGAGCAAGCAGCGAGACAUGCCCGGGGCCACGGACAGUGACCUCGUGCUUUGCUUCUUCUUCCACGGCCGUGGUGACACCCUUCAGAGGACGCCUCUGGGGUUAUUCCGAUCUCUUCUUCACCAGAUUCUCAAACAGAUUCCUGGAGCACUGUCUGAUCUCGUCGAUGGCUACCAGGAAAAGUGCAGGGAUCAUGGCGCUCCGCCGGAAGCGUGGCAGUGGCAUCCAGAAGAGCUGUGGCAUUUCCUCAAAGCUUCAGCCCCGAAGAUUCUCGAGACUCGUCCAAUCUGGCUAUUUGUCGACGCGUUGGACGAGUGUGGCGAGGAGGACGCGGUGCAACUGGCGAUAAAGUUCAAGUCUUUGCUGGACAGCGUCUCGUCCACUACCGCUCAGGGCAUUCACAUAUGCUUCAGUUGUCGCCACUACCCCAUCCCUCCGGACCUAGACGGCGUCAUGAACAUAUGCGUCGAAGAUGAGAACGGAGAUGAUGUUGCCGCUUACGUGCGGCAGAGGCUCUCAGAGACUUUUGUCCGCGAGGCACCUUCCAUUGCGGAAUUGAUCACUUCUCGAGCAUCAGGUGUCUUCAUGUGGGCGCGGCUCGUGUUGGAGCGCGUUCUUCGCCUCGAGCGGCAGCGAGCGCGCUGGGGGAGGAUCCGGGAUGAGAUUUGCUCUAUUCCUCCCGAUAUGAACAGUCUGUACCUGGAUCAUAUCCAGAGGAUGGAGGACAAGGCAGCUUCUCUGAGACUCAUCCAAUGGCUUUGCUUUGCCGUAAGGCCAUUAUCGCUAGAGGAGAUCUAUUGGGCCCUGGCCAUCGACACCGAUUGCCCGCACAAGUCCUUGCAAGAGUGUGGAAGCAAAGAGGACUACGGGACCGACGAUGAUAUGCAAAGGCGGAUCGUAGCUCUAAGCUGCGGGCUGGCCGAGACCGUAACCUCGUCCUCCCAAACAUCAGUUGUGCAGUUCAUCCAUCAGUCCGUCAAAGAUUUCUUCGUCGACAAAGGCCUCCUUGUCCUGGAUAGCAGCCCGGAAACAGUCGACGAAGCGAUCGGAAGAGCUCAUUUCUCGCUGUCCCGGACAUGCAUACGCUACUUGUUGAUGGAAGAAAUCGGCCAGUCAAAGAGCAUCAAUGGCGAAGACAUGGAGAACCAGUUUCCCUUUAUAUCAUAUGCUGCCAUAACGUGGACGGCACACGCGCAUCAGAGCGAUAUACGGGGUGUC